GCAGAAGGUGGAGUUCCCGUCUUUAGUUUUUAAAUGAGGGUGUGUCUCAGGAGCCGUCAGAUUGAAUCCGUGCGCGUUACUUCUUCAUGCGGUUUACACUGAGCUCCACUCCGGGCUGACUUUGGUUUUUUGGUUCCUUUUGGUUCCUUUUGGGUUAUGCGCGCCUUGAGCGUCUGAGCUAACCGGACACUGCGCCUCAUCUGAACCUCGUGGACAGUUUUAACUAGAGCGGACUGAACUUUUGGCUGUGAAAUAAAGAUGGGGGACGUGGUUUCGAGUCACCUGGACGAAGCCAAGCGGGAGAUCAUCACAGGGAGGACAGCGAAGGUGAUGGAGGAGGUGGGCAGGCUGUACGAACAACAGUACGCUGUGGCCCUGUUCAACAAAGUGCGCUUCGACAUCGAGGGGGGAGGGGGGCCCCAGCCUCAGCUACUGCAUCGGAAGAUUCCUUUAGAGAACAAGUCCAUCUUCUCUGGCUCCAUCUUCCAGUUUCAAGAGGACAGCAAAAAAUGGCGGAAUCGCUUUCUGCUGGUGCCAGACUCCUAUAACAUCAACAUUUACGAAAGCAAUUCGUCCCAUGAGAAAAACGGCCAGCCCAAAGGGAGCAUCAACUGUGCAGGAUACAAGGUGCUGACGUCUAUGGAGCAGUAUCUGGAACUGAUCAGCAACAGCCUGCCAGACGGGAAUGUCAAUGAAGACUCAUCCAGCCAAGGGGUGAAAGCUAGGGUUGGCAGCUCACCGUUCCUGAAGUGCCCAUCCCAGUUCCCCCUGCUGCUGUGGCACCCGUACUCCAAGCACCACUACUUCUGCCUCACCACAGAGAAGGAGCAGCAGAAGUGGCACGCUGUCCUGCAAGACUGUGUCCGCCACGCCAACGAUGGUCUGUCCGAGGAGCAGAAAGUGCAGACUCCGGCCUUCACAGACGCGGUGAGGCUGUAUCGUCAGGCUAAAGGACACUACGGCACAUGGGAGAUGAUGUGCGGCCAACCGGCUCAAAUUUUGUCCAACCUGGUGAUGGAAGUUCUCCAUCCUGAGCUCAGAGACCUCAUCUCCCCUCGACUCAAAGGCAAACUACACGACCGACAGAGGAAUUGGAUGCUGAUCAGUGAUGCCGUGUACAGCCUGGUGCAGAGCCAGUGCCAGUCUCAGUAUGAGGCCCUGGUGCAGAGGUGCGAAGUGGGACAGCCAGCAAUAGAGGCCAACAUCAGGACUGACAUGGACCAGAUCAUCACCUCCAAAGAGUACGUCACCAACAAGAUCAGAGCUGUGGUGCUGCCUAAAGCGGAGAAGCUGCUGAAGGUGAGCAUCGAGCCGUACAUCUCAUCCAUCCUGGAAGCUCUGAUGGAGCCCACCAGCCGAGGCUUCUCUGAGGUCAGGGAGGUCUUCUUCAGAGAGCUGGUGGAUAUGAGCAAGAACUCGGUCAACAACGGCACCAAGGAGACUGUGGCCCAGCACAUGGAGAAGAUCUCCAUGUUGGCCUUCCACCCGGUGAAGAUGCAAAGCUGUUAUGAGAAGGUGGAGGCUCUGAGUCUGGAGGGUCUGCAGCAGCGCUUUGAUGUCUCCAGCCCCAAUGUGUUUGUGCAGAGGGCACAGAUACUCAUGAGAGAGCAAAUGGACAAUGCUGUUUACACGUUUGAGAAGAUCCUUCAUCAAAGCCUGGAGUCUCAGGGAACAGAGGAGCUCUGCAAAACCAUCCAGCGCUGCCAGGACCGCGUCAUCAAGAAAUUCGACUACGACAGCAGCACAGUGAGAAAACGAUUCUUCCGUGAGGCUCUGCUCCAAAUCUUCAUCCCCUACAUGCUGAAGCAGCUCACUCCUUCCUUUGCAUCUGAUCUGCCGCACUUCCAGGAGCUGAUUUUUGAAGACUUCUCUCGCUUUAUUCUGGUGGACAACAUUUUUGAGGAAGUUGUGCUCCACUCAGUGAUGAAGGACAUCAUGAUGGCUGUGAAGGAGGCAGCUGUCCAGAGGAGACAUAACUUGUAUCGUGACAGCAUCGUUCUGAGCAACAGCGACCCCAGCCUGCACCUCCUGGGAGAAAAUCCCUCCAUCGACUGGGCCAAAGAAUAUGGAGAAGAGCCUAAAGACGAUGGAGAAUCCAAAUCAGAUUCAACAGACGGAGGAGAAGAAGGAGACUCCCAGAGGAAACGCAGGAUGAAGCAAGUCGUGUCCAUGAUCCAGGUAGACGGAAAUCCGAUCAUUCCGGAAUCAUGCUUGGAAGCCCCGGGAGUGGAGGAUAUCCCAGAAGAGGAGGAAAAUGAAUCUCUAAAAGUUGAAGAGAAAAAGGUAGCAACUGAGUCAAAGCAAGAAGAGAAGUUGCAAAAUGAAGUUGCAAAAGAGGAAGCUUCCAAAUUGGUAGAAAAUUCAGGUGAAGAUUCAAAACCAAAUGGUGAGAAAACUGUGGCGCCUACGGAAGAGGUAACAAAAGAUGCUCCAAUGGACGACAAUCCUACUGAAGUCAUCCAAUCCGAUGCCGAGCCCGCAGAAGAGGUCCCAUUGAGCACUGAAGUUGUGGAGGAGGUCAAAUCCCCUGAAGAAACUGUAGUAGAAGACUCUAAAGAUUGUGCAUUGACGGUAGAAUCCAAUACAACUGCGGACGCCCCAUUGAAACCAGUAGAAGACGUCGAAGAAGUGAUACCAAACGGUGCUGAAAGUUCUUUCAAAACGGAGAACCAAGAUGACCAAGCUGCUUUGUCGAACUUGGAAGAAUCCUCAGACGAGCUCUUGCCUCCUCCACCUCCAGAGGACAAGGCAUCAGAAAUUCCGCCCCAAAAUGGUGCCAGAGAUUCGGAUAACCCUCCGGAAAGUACCACGGACUUCCCUCCACCUCCACACGACGAUAGCGGAUUCCAGAGCCCGACCAGUGACGCAGCGGAGGACGAGGAAGUUGGAAAUGAGCAGAUCAAAACAAUAGAAGAGGCGAGCGAUAAAGAAGCACCUCAAAGCGUUGAUUCGGAAAGCAAAGAGCAAUAGUAACUUGGGAAUGGGACCAUGCCUUCUGCCCUGUAAAGCCAAUAUGUGGACUUUUAUGGCAAAUUGUCAUAACGAUGGACAUCAGUGGUUUGCAGUCGAUUCAAAUGCACCUUGAAAUGCAUCACAGAAUUGGAUAGAUAAUAAUACAGUGCCUGACCCCUCCUGGACAAAUAUGGACGACAAAUAACAUUAGUCUUCCAUAUACAUAAAUGGGAUAUGUUAUUUGUACUUAUGAACAUAAAGAUGCAAUAUGUAAAGUGUCAGCCCUCUGCUUCUUGGGCCAUAAUGGUGGAGGAAAACUCUGUGGUAAAAUUAAAACAUCUCCAUGGAGACAAGCAGGCAGUAGAUGGAACCUGAACAUUUACAUAGUGCAUCUUUAAAUUAUACACCAAAACUAGAAUCAUUUCUGCUGCAUCAUCAGACGACUGGAUAAGCCCACAGAAGGUACAGUGGAUGCAAUACAGCGGAACAUUCUAGAUAAAGCAAUCAUAUCUCCAUGGAGACGAGCAGGUGGCAGAACCCAACCCCCCCCCCAAUAAUUUCUGCUGCCAUAUCAAGCUAAAAUGUUACAAGAUAUUUGGACUUUUAUGCCGACUUACAAAUUGGCGAACAUCCAUGUUUCUGCUUAUACUUAAAAGAUCACUAAACAGGGCUGCAGUGAAUUGUCUUAUGUUUUUUAUGUCUAUUUGUCUGUCACUGUUAUGCAAGUCUGUCAAACCCCACAUACAAUUUACAAUAUACAAGUUUCACUUUUGUUUUAUGUUCACAUGGUUUGAGCACAAUGGAUGAUCUUUUUACAAAUAUGCAAUAACCGUUUUGUGGAAAUUUCUGUUAUGUUAUUAAAUGAUGUACAUAGUUUAUUUUGCGCUGUCUGGACCCUGGUUAGGUGAUUUUGAACCAAGUGUAACCAAAUUUGUCAUUUGCCCUUAUAGCUGCCAAUAUUCUGAAUGCGUAGAGAUUUUUUUUUUUUUUUUUUUAUUAAUUCGUAUGUCUGUAUACACACUAAAGACAAUUUAUUUUGUAUUGGUGGAGUAACACUAUAUGACGUGACAAGUUUAUCACUCUACAAGGUAAACGGCAAAAAACUGUUUUAUAUAAUUUUAUAUUUGAUCGGUGCCUUGGCUGAUCGCUCCAUCUUUUUUAUUUAUUUUUUCCUCUUUUAAAUUUAUUUUACUCUGUAUGAUAAAUUACUGCUAUUAAAAUAAAUUGAGUGACGGAGUUUCUGUUUUGUUUUUGUUUUGUUUUGACGUGUGUGUGUUUGCAGAAUGGUUGUUGCCAAGUGGUGAGCCUUAAUCUCAGCAAAAAGGUAGUUCAAAUUAAAUUCAGAGUGAUGUUAUAAUAAGUCUUCUUGUUCUAAUGGAACUCUAGCCUCACUCCCAACGCUAGCAUUUGGUUCAUGUUAUG